AUGACUGUUGCAAAUAACUUCAAUCGGGGAAAGACAACCAGGUCAACAGUGGAAAAGACGGAGAAGAGGCAAAUCCGAGGAACUUCAGAGAAGCCUGAAAGCACCACCGAUGCCUGUUCAGAUUUUGAGAACGACGGUUCUGAUUUCGAGAGGGGAUUGGAAGAACUGAUGAGAGGGCAUUUGGAUGAUUGUAUGUCAUUCGCAUCAUGCAGCUCUCCUCAUGGGGACGAUGAUGAAAGCGAAGGUGGUGAUCAGCUAGUGAGAAGAAGAAGAAGGUCAGAUCUUGAAGGCGAUGAUCUGGCUGAAACUUCUGCUGCUAGAAGACGACAAUCACGGAUCUUAAGCAGAUGGGCUGCAAGACAAGCACAAGAGAUGAUCACCACAAUAGAAAGGAGAAACCGUGAGUCUGAAUUAAUGGCACUUGCAGGUUUGCAUACAGUUUCCAUGCUUGAUUCCUCCUUCUUAAGUGAAUCUCAAUCUCCUACGUCAAGGAGACAAGGCAACAUUGAAAGACCAAGCACCCAAGCUUCCUCUAUUCUCCAAAUGUGGAGAGAAUUGGAAGAUGAACAUGUUCUAAAUCGUGCUCGUGAAAGAGUAAGAGAAAGACUCAGGCAACAUGCAAGUGUGGACUCCAAUACCAUUACCAACAUGUCAGAAGGUCAAGAAGCAAGUGAACAUCAAGGAAGUUUGGAAGAAGAUGUAACUGAAAGUGAGAAUGAUUACAGAGCUUGGUCUAAUGAUCAAAUGGAAGCUCAAAACGACCUUCAAGAAACUGAAACUUCAAGCCGUGAACAGUCUCCUGAUUUAGGAGACAACGAAAGAGAAAGAGAAAGAGAAAGAGUGAGGCAUAUAGUUCAGGGAUGGAGGGAGACAGGUGUCACUGAUCAUAAUGCAUCUAAUGGUGUAAGAGCAGAGUGGCUUGGUGAAACUGAGCGUGAAAGGGUGAGGAUCGUGCGUGAGUGGGUCCAGAUGACUAGUCAACAGAGGGGCCCACGUCCACGUGGCAGCCAUAGGGAAGAACAAGAGCAACAACAACAAGUAGCUAGUCGUGGACUGUUGUUGACCAUGAUGAAGAGAGAACUUGAGGGUUUAACAGAGUAUCGUGCUGUUUCUGAUUUUGCUCAUCGCAACCGAAUUCAGUCACUACUAAGAGGGAGAUUUUUGAGAAAUGAGAGGCCUGUGGAGGAGGAGAGGCUUCCAUCAAUGGCAGCAAGUGAGUUGGUCCAGCUCAGACAACGCCACACUGUCUCUGGUCUGAGGGAAGGGUUUCGAUCAAGACUAGAACACAUUGUUCGAGGGCAAGAGAUUGAACAUGAACAGACUCAAAUUCAAGAAACCAACAUUCAUCAAGUUUCAAAUCAGAAUCUGGAAAGUAUAAGUGUUGCAGCAGCUCUACUCCAAACCACAAAUCAACAAACAAACAUCCAUGAAGGUAAUCAAGGAACAAAUGAAGGGGCUUCUGAUAUUCCAAGAACUAGGCGUACAGUUCCUGUUAGAAGAGCCAACAGAUUUCACGCACCUGAAGAUGAUAAUGUGUACAGUAUGGAAUUAAGAGAACUUUUAAGCAGGAGAAGUGUUUCUAAUCUUCUUCGAAGUGGUUUUCGGGAAAGUUUAGACCAUUUGAUUCAGUCAUAUGUGGAAAGGCAAAGCCGAGCACCAAUUGAUUGGGAUCUUCACAGAAACAUGUCACCAGAAGUAGGUGAACAACAACAGGGUGGUCUUGGUCUUAGAGAUGAAGACGGUGAAAACCAAAAUGAAGCCACCGCCGCCACCAUUGGUAGCAGACCACCACCGCCAGCACCACCGCCAGUACCGGUUUGGCACCACCAUGAUUUGAAUCAUUCUAAUUGGUCCCGCCACAGCAUCCACCGCUCUGAACUCGAAUGGGAGAUGAUUAAUGAUUUGAGAGCUGACAUGGCGAGAUUGCAACAAGGUAUGAGUCACAUGCAGAGGAUGCUGGAGGCUUGCAUGGAUAUGCAACUUGAGUUGCAACGUUCGGUCAGGCAGGAAGUGUCUGCUGCUUUGAAUCGGUCAGGAGGCGGGCAGCAAGGUGUUGAUGGAGGGAGUUCUGAAGAUGGGUCGAAAUGGGUCCAUGUGAAAAAGGGAACUUGCUGUGUUUGUUGCGAUAGCCAAAUUGAUUCACUACUGUACAGAUGUGGACAUAUGUGCACGUGUUCCAAGUGUGCAAAUGAGUUGGUACGAGGAGGAGGGAAAUGUCCCUUGUGCCGGGCACCCAUUGUUGAGGUAAUCCGAGCUUACUCCAUACUCUAAAAAACAUUUAUAAAACUGACCCAAGAAGAAGAAAGAAGAAGAAGAUUUGGAUCAUCUACUCUACUUGAAUUGAAGUAGGUUUUUUCAUGUUCUUCUUCGUGUUCUCUCUCUCUCUCUCUCUCUCUC